AUGAGUUCCAGCACCUCGCGCCGUCGACGGCGUGGGGUCGAGGACGAAGAUGACAGCGGCGCAGACGACCGGAGAUCACCAUUUGGAGACGACAGCCCGAAACGACGGCGAGUAGACACCGAAUCCGAGGGAGAUGAACAACGACGCGGCCGAAACAUUGCAGCAGACCACACCAGCUUCCAGCCAGGCGCCAUCGUCCGGGUCAGCGUGCAGAACUUCGUGACGUACGAAAAGGCCGAGUUUCUACCUGGCCCAAAUCUCAACAUGGUCAUCGGUCCAAACGGUACGGGCAAAAGUUCCUUGGUUUGCGCCAUCUGUCUAGGGCUUGGAUAUAGCCCCAAAAACCUUGGCCGCGCAGGCACUGUUAAAGAGUUUGUCAAGAAUGGAAAGGAUACGGCAACGAUCGAGAUCGAGCUGCACAAACGGCCUCAAGAUCGGACCAACUUUGUUGUUCGAGUGCAGAUUCGCCGAGAGCAGAAUAUCCAGAAAUGGUGGUUGAAUGGCAAAGAGACGACCCAUAAGAAGAUACAGUCAUUGAUACAUAUGCUCAAGAUUCAGGUAGACAAUCUGUGUCAGUUUCUUCCUCAGGACAGAGUCGUCGAAUUUGCUGCCUGCACGCCGGUGGAAUUGCUGCAUGAAACUCUGCGCGCUGCUGCCCCCGAGGAAAUGCAAAAAUGGCAUCGACAGCUCCAAGAACAUCACAAGGACAAAAAGGACAUCGCUGAAGCCGUGCACGCGGAUACCGAAACCCUGAAGAAUCUACAAACCCGCCAGCAAGGCCUGCAAGCCGACGUGGAUAGAAUCCGUGAGCGAGAAGAAAUUCAGGAGCGAGUGAGCAACUUAAAAGGUGCAUUAGUAAUUGCCCAAUACCAGGAGGCUCGCAACAACCACUUGGCCGCAAAGGAGCGCAGAAAAGAGGCAGAGAAUAAACUGAAACUUCUUGAGCGGGAAAGCGGGCCAUCAUUAGAGGCAGUCAACCGGAAACAGGUCUACGCCCAGGAAAUCGAGGCCGCCAUCCCAUCGAGGGUAAAGGCGGUUAAGGAUACUCAAGUGGCAGCCCAAAGCCUAGCCCAAGAAAUAAGCACUGCAGUGGACGAUGUCAAAGAGUGGUCCAAUAAGAUAGGUGCUGAGCGCACAGGAUUUGAUGAGAAGAGGAAAGAGGUAGCAGCAUCAAAAUCAAGAAUCACUACUCUUGUAGCAGACUUGAAGAAUCGGCCGUCAGAUUUCAGUGCGGGCGAGUGGAAUCAAAAAAUUCGAGCCGAGGAGCACAAUCUACGAGAAGUUGAAGCAGACCAGCGCCGAUUAAAUUCUGAUUUGGAAAGGGUUAAAGAUGAUGGGAGAAAGAAGAUGGACGAGCUGCGGAAACUCAAGGCAGAUAUCGAGUCUCUAGAUACUCAAGAGGGCCAGCAGCUAAACUUUAUGCGGAGGAAUUUCCCCGAGAUUUCUACGGCCUGGGAUUGGGUUCAAGAGAACCAAGGCAAAUUCGAAAAAGAGGUUUUUGCGCCACCUAUGCUAUGCUGCUCGGUUAAGGACGAACGCUACUCGGAUCAGGUUCAAGCUCUGCUGCAGACUGACGACUUCCUCUGCUUUACAGCACAAACUAAACAUGACUACAGAUUAUUGACUGACCAGCUCUACCGGGAGAUGAGUUUAUCUGUCGUCAUCAGAACCUGCUCGCAACCUCUCGCUUCCUUUAGACCACCUGUUGCUCUCGCUGAAGCUCAGUCACUGGGCCUCGAUGGCUUUGCCCUCAACUACUUGGACGGUCCUGAGCCAGUGCUUGCCAUGCUGUGUGCUGACAAGAGGUUGCAUCAAUCAGGUGUCUCGGUGAAAGAUCACAGUGAUGAUGAGUAUGAAAAGCUUGUCAAUCACGGUCGAAUAAGCCAGUGGGCAGCCGGAAAGCAACAGUACUUGGUUCGUCGACGAAAAGAGUACGGCCCCAGUGCCAUGACAACAAUUACCAAGAGGAUACAACCUGGAAGAUUUUGGACUUCUCAGCCCGUAGACUCACAAGAGAAGGUUGAGUUGAACAGGCGGCAAACCGAAGUUGCCGGAGAAGCAGAAAUAAUGAAAGUAGAAUACAGGGAGUUGAGACUAAAGAAUGGAACCUUUGAAGAACAAAAGGCCGAAAUACAAGGGAAAAUUGAAAGACACAAAGAAGCGAAUGAGCAGGCCAUGCGCGAGGCCCGGGAAAGAAUCGUGGAGCUCGGAUUUGAAUGGGAUAAAGCAGUGGUGGAAAGAGCCAAGCUUGUUCUACGCCACCAGGAGGCUCUCAGUCAAAUCGGAAAAGCUCAUACCGAUCUUAUCGAAGCCAAGAUACGACUUAUCGAAGCCAAGUCAGAUAUUGAGGGCCUCAAAGCUCGCAACUCUGAUAUUAUGGAGAAGCUUGAACAAGAAAAGCUUGUAGUGCAGCAAGCCACCGAUGAAGCUACUCUGGCCCGAGAAUUGGGUCGCGGGCUAUCUGACAAGGUUCGAGAACUUAUCAGCGAGAAUCCUGACAAGAAGGAUACAUAUACCUCGUUGGCCGAAAACAAACUGGCUGCGGAGAUUGAGAUGGAUAUAUCUGCUGAGCAGGCAAACCUCGAGCUCAUCCAUGCAGCCAAUCCCAACGUCAUUCGGGAGUUUGAGAAGCGCGAGCAGGAAAUCGCCAAGCUGACGAAGAAGAUGGACGCUUCAAACGGCAAGCUUGCCACCAUCACUCAGCAGCUGGAUGAUUUGAUGGGCAAAUGGGAGCCCAAGCUGGAUGCUCUAGUGUCCAAAGUCAACGACGCUUUCGCCUACAACUUUGAGCAGAUUAGCUGUGCUGGUGAAGUUCGCGUUAAUAAAACUGAAGAUUUUGACCAGUGGGCUUUAGACAUCAUGGUCAAAUUCCGAGAAAACGAAUCCCUCCAACAACUCAACGCGCAUCGCCAAUCCGGUGGCGAGCGCGCCGUCUCCACCAUCUUCUUCCUCAUGGCCCUCCAGUCCAUGGCCCAGUCCCCCUUCCGCGUCGUCGACGAGAUCAACCAGGGCAUGGAUCCCCGCAACGAACGCAUGGUCCACGAGCGCAUGGUCGAAAUCGCCUGCCGCGAGCACACGAGCCAGUACUUCCUCAUCACGCCCAAGCUGCUCACCGGCCUGCGGUACGAUCCCAAGAUGAGGGUGCUUUGCAUCGCCAGCGGGGAACACAUGCCCAAGGAUGGGACCAAGCUCAAUUUUAGGCGGUGCUUGAAGAUUCAGAAGCGCAUUAUGGCGGCUGCAGCGUAAAGAAAAGAAUCUGUAGUAUUCAGAGGUACUAGAGCUCGAGUCUUGUUGUCGGAUGAUUUGUUUUUAUAAGCUUGAAAAGCAGGCAGGCAGCAUCUUGAGCGUUGAGCGGAACCACGCAGUCCUUGUUUCUUUACUUCCCCUGUCUGAGAGGCAAAAUUGUACAUAAAAGGAUCUGUGGAUGAACUAGUAGUUAUAGAAGCUAUACAAAGCUCUACGCCCUUGAUCUUUGGUCUGAGUUUUCUCUUACAAUACAUAAUAAAGGAGACAAAAACUCUCAGGAGCACAAGGAUCAAAUAAACAGAUGUAUUUAUAUAAUAAGGCCAGGCAAUUCAUCUCUCAUCAUUUAGAUUAUAUAGUUAUAAAAAAAUCUGUAAGCCAAACCAUGCAAAAAAGAAAAAGAAAAAGAACAGAAGUAGAAAGAAAAGAAGCAUCCCCCCACUCUCCUCCCCCUUUUUUUUGCAAAAAUUUUUGUGUGUUGCUUCCCCUCUUUUUAAAGCAGUCCUUCCGACGGAAAAAAGUUUUGAAACGAUGUCUUCUCCUGGAGAGACAGCCGUGAAGUGUAAAAAAGGAGAAGAAGAAAGAUCACGCGUAUACUGCCACAAAUUAUUGUACAAACAAAAAGAUAAAGGACUCCGAAGUCCCGUGUGCCGUCUUUCCCCAUCAAUGUCAAAGACAGCCUGGAAUGAAAAGAAAAGAAAAGACAAACAAAAAGAACCGACAGAAAGGAGCAAUAAAUGAAGAGAGAGAAAAGCAAGAUAACUGUAUAUAAAAAUUUUAUAUCGCGUUGCAAAAACAAAAAAUCAGAACCACAGAUUCACAUCUCUCCCCGGAGAGAGCAAGCGCAUGCGCCGUACGCGACAGGCCGUCAACGUGUGUAUCGUUUCGUGACAAGAAAAGUCCACACCCGUAUUCGAACGAACCUUGGCUGAGGGAGGGAAAAAGGUAUUAAGGAGAGAAUAGGAAUAGAAGAGUAGGUGUGCUAGUAAACAGGAUGGGGGCAUUUCAGUGACAUGUAUUAAACAACGCCAUAUAAUCAGAUGGCAACAAUAAUCGUCAGAUUAUUAGAAGAGAGCCAAACACACGGAUAGGUUUGUGAGGCAUAAAAUCAAAUGGCCAGGCAGG